GGCAGCGAGGGUGGGGGAAGCUCAGAAGCUGCAGGAGUGGCGCAGGUGCAGGCACAGGGCGGGGUCUUUGUUCUUUUUCUCAUCCCUCCCCUCCCCCUUCCUCCCCGGAAACCAGAGACUUUGCCACCACCAGCAUUGGGGAUGCUGAGCUGUGGGGUACAGGCCUGAGGAGGGGUGGGAGUAAGAAGGGCUGUGGAAGCUGUCAGGCCAUGAACCAGGCUGACCCUCGGCUCAGAGCAGUGUGCUUGUGGACUCUCACAUCAGCAGCCAUGAGCAGAGGUGACAACUGCACGGAUCUACUCACACUGGGAAUCCCCUCCAUAACCCAGGCCUGGGGACUGUGGGUCCUCUUCGGAGCUGUGACGCUGCUGUUUCUCAUCUCGCUGGCUGCACACUUGUCCCAGUGGAUCAGGGGCCGGAGCAGGAGCCAUCCGGGGCAGGGACGCUCUGGAGGGUCUGUGGAAGAGGUUCCGCUGUAUGGGAACCUGCAUUAUCUACAGACAGGACGGCUGUCUCAAGACCCAGGACCAGACCAGCAGGAUCCAACUCCUGGAGGCCCUGCCAGGGCUGCAGAGGAGGUGAUGUGCUAUACCAGCCUACAGCUGCGGCCUCCUCAGGGUCGGAUCCCAGGCCCUGGGACCCCCAUCAAGUACUCGGAGGUGGUGCUGGACUCUGAGCCAAAGUCCCAGGCCUUGGGCCCCGAGCCGGAGCUCUAUGCCUCAGUAUGUGCCCAGACCCGCAGGGCCCGAGCCUCCUUCCCCGAUCAGGCCUAUGCCAACAGCCAGCCUGCAGCCAGCUGAGAUGGAGGGCCUGGCACAGCGGGGCAUGCACUGCCCCAGCCCCCUGUAGCAGGGGCAUGACUGUUUCCCAACCAGCACCCAAAGACGGGCGCCAUUGCCAAGUCACAGGAUGUGAUCUACCCUGGACUUCCUAUCUGAGCUUCGAGGGAGACAUCUCGGCAAAGCUUUUGUGAUGGAGGAGGCAAAGACAGUAGCCCCCCCCUCAUUUCUUUUUUCUGUUCCUCUUAGCCCCCAAACUCCCAGGUUCUCACUUCCUUCUUCUGGAGUUUAACCAGAUCCUCCCCACCCCCGCUCCCUCAUAGUCUACCCCCACGCCUCAGUGUCUCUUCAGGCACAGGAAGUGGGCGGUGGGGGAGGAGUAAGGGCCUGACAGUGGGUGGGUGGGUAUAUUCCUCGGGAGCUCACAGACUGGAGCAGACCUGGAACUUAGAGACGGGAGGGACCCGAGCCUGGCUUUUGACCCAAGAACCCUGGCAGGAGAAUACAGUCUCCAUCCUGCUGUCUCUGCCCUGUCCCCAAGUUUUCAAAUAAAACUUUCCAAAAAGUGUUUAGAUUUUAA